UCACAUUCUCUCUCUGUUUGUGACCACCAACCAGACGAUCAAGAGUACUUUCCCAACUCACAAGUCGACAAACAAAAUGCCUCCUAAGAAGAGAGUCGAGCGUCCCGCCAACGAGAACAUCUCUCUCGGUCCCCAGGUCCGAGAAGGCGAACUCGUCUUCGGCGUUGCACGUAUCUUCGCAUCCUUCAACGACACCUUCGUCCAUGUCACCGAUCUCUCUGGUCGCGAAACCAUCUGCCGUGUUACCGGUGGUAUGAAGGUCAAGGCCGAUCGUGACGAGUCCUCUCCAUACGCCGCCAUGUUGGCUGCACAGGAUGUCGCCCAGCGAUGCAAGGAACUCGGCAUCAACGCCCUGCACAUCAAGAUCCGAGCCACAGGUGGUAACGGCACCAAGACCCCGGGCCCCGGUGCCCAGUCUGCCCUCCGUGCCCUGGCCCGUUCAGGAAUGAAGAUUGGAAGAAUCGAGGACGUCACUCCUACCCCAUCCGACAGCACGAGACGCAAGGGUGGUCGUCGUGGUCGUCGUCUCUGAGCGUGUGCGCUGCAGAAUACUUUGCGCACAUUCUCAUAUUCGUGGAUCCGAGUGGUGGUGGCAUGGAUCCCAUACCACUUCGAGUGCACGAAAGAGACGUCAGUGUUGGGAAGAAAUUGAUGGUCGUGGUCACAAAUACGCGAAGAACGGCAUUUUCUGCCUGGUCUUCACACACAUUUCGCCCUGCUCCAAGUAGACGGCAUGAAAUAAAUCUCAAAAACACUUCUUUGUGAC